AUGAAAUAAAUUAAGAAUAGCAUUCUUGUUGGAGAUAGAGACAACCAGUAAGAUGAUCAUUGCAAUCUUUGGGCAUUAUUAAUGUCGAAAUACUUGCGCUCCAUCAACAUAAGGACAAGAUUUUUGGUAAAAUAAAUACCUAAAAUUAUCAUACUAAAACAGACAUACAAUUUUUAAGUAUAAGUAUAGAAAGGAGGUAAUUAAUAAAAAAAAGAAACUAUUUAGAGGUAACAUAGUAUUAAGUAAUCUUACUCUAUUAGCAUAUGCCAAUAAAUCACAAGAAGUCAUUGCAAGUUUUUACAUCAUGGGAAUUAAUUAAUUUUUCUUCAAUUUAUUCCUAUAUCAUUUUGAAAUUAUGUAAAGUAAUUGUACUUUUAUUGAUUAGUUAUUAGAUUUAUUGGAAUAGAAUACUAUCAAUCACUGAAAGCAUAAUAAAUUGAUCCAACCAAAUAUGCUUGUUUCAUUUCCUGUAGUCUUACAUUUCUUGAAUGA